AUGCUUUUAUUGUGAAGGAGUCAGCUCGGAAGUGUUUGUAUGGUCGGAACAGAAACAGAAGAAGAAGAAUUGUGUGUGUGUAUAUACUGUAUAUGAACCUGUGGACUGAACUACUGCGUCACAAAUAAAGCCAAUGACAACAGUUGCAGUCCUUGGAGGGGGGAUCGGGGGCCUGGCAGCAUCUUACUACCUCUGCAAGAGCCCCCAGGUUACCAAGGUCCUUGUUUUGGAGUCCAGCAGUCGCUUCGGAGGCUGGCUGUGGUCCACCAGGAGGUCCGACGGGGCCGUGUUUGAACAUGGACCCAGGGGGAUCCGACCCGCUGGGGCGGUGGGACACAACACUCUCAAUAUGGUGGAUGACCUGGGUCUUGGCGGGGACAUCCUGCCGGUCCCCUCCAGUCAUGUGGCGUCCCAGAACCGAUACGUGUACAUGAACAGUCGGCUCCACAGGAUGCCCUCAGGACUCAGUGGACUUUUGCGGACUGUACCCCCCUUCUCUCGCCCCCUGCUGCUGAGUGUUGCCAUGGAGAUGCUAGUGAAGAAAGGCGCGGAGGAGGACGAGUCCGUCCAUUCGUUUGUUUCCAGGCGACUGGGGAAGGAGCUGGCAGACAUAGCUGUGGACAGUUUGUGCCGUGGCGUGUUUGCGGGGGACUGCAGGAAGCUGAGCGUGCGUUCUUGUUUUCCGGUCUUGUACAACGCCGAGCGGCGGCGGGGCUCCCUGACGCUGGGCAUGCUGCUGGGCUCAGGCCCUUCUCCUGCCGUCCCCCCCGGCCCUCUGGCUCAGAGGUCCGUUACAGAAUCGUGGUCCCAGUGGUCGCUGAGCAGAGGAGUGGAGUCUCUCCCAGAAUGCAUCGCUGAGUACCUGCAGCAGAGCGGCAGAGUGGAGCUCCACAGGGAGGCGGCCGUUCAGCAGAUCAGCCCGUCAGCCUCCGGCUGGACGAUCAGGUUGGAGGAUGGAGUCGUAUCAGCUGACCACAUCAUCUCUGCACUGCCUGCUAAAGCCCUGGCCUCAGUCCUGCCCCCCUCCUGUCAACCUCUCAUCCAGCUACUGCAGGACAUCUCCACGGUAACGGUCGCUGUGGUGAAUCUGGAGUAUGAGGGCUCCAUCCUGCCUGUGUCGGGCUUCGGACACCUGCUGCCGUCAUCAGAGGAUCAGGCUCUACUCGGGGUGGUCUACGACUCGGUUCCCUUCCCUCAGCACGACAGAACUAACGGACGGACUACCAGGCUGACGGUACUUUUGGGGGGGGGGUUUUUUUGGGCGGUUUUUUGGGUCCCGGACACAGUAACAGAGGAGCGUCUUUUAGCGAGAGCCACUGAGGCCGUGCACAGCCACCUGGGAGUCCCCACAGCACCCAGCUGGAGCCGGGUCACUCUACAGAGGGACUGUAUACCUCAGUAUUACCCAGGACACUUCCGGAGAGUAGAGUCCAUGCGUAGCUUCAUAAGGGAGAAUAAUCUCUCGCUGUCUCUGAUCGGCUCCUCCUACGACGGCGUGUCAGUCAACGAUGUCAUCUUUAAUGGACGAACAGCUGUGGAGCAGCUGUUGGGAACUGGAGUUUUGGAGCGCGUCAACACUGGGACAUGACAUAGCCAAGUGCUCUGCAGGCACGCGGGUCUUUGAUAGAAUACAAAGUUUAGUUUUUUUAAGAAAGAAAAUCCGUGUCCCACAGGUAAAGCAUUUUCUCUGUCGGUGUCUUGAAGGCAUCCCAUGUUGUGUGCUGUUGAGAUUCCAACCUGUAUUUGCAUAAAACACUCAUGUCUUAUCAGGGACUACGUUUACAUGCACGUAAUAUUCCUGUUUUUACCCUUAUUACGAAAAAGAUAUUCUGACUAAGCUGUUUCCAUGGCUAAUGAAAGUGAAUACUCCACUAAUAUUCCCGUUUACAUGUAGUCGUGCAAAACAGGAUUUUUAAAGUUUUCCAGCGGUGGAGGACUUGAUGGAGCGUGUGAACUCAGCCUCCCUCUUUCAUUCCUUCAGCCGGCUUCUAGAAAAAGGUUGGCUCAUAUCCCAAAACCUGUUGAUAUCAGAGUCUUUGAUAAUGUUUAAAAGUAGCUGUGUUUCUCCUUAUCGGGUCUGCAGCCCUGCAAACUGUUGGCUGGUUGGUUUGUGUACAGUAAGCAUAGCAACACACAGAGCUGACCAUAAGCCGUCAACUGCAGUAAAAACCCAGAUUGAGACACAUAUUGUGAAUGUGCUGUAUACGUAUACAUGUCCAAAGAAUGCCUCUAAAACCAGAACAAUACCAGAUUAUCCCACGUUUUAAUCAGAAAAUGCUAUAGUUGUUAAAAAGGCCUUAUUCUGAAUAUCCAAAGGGAAUAUGCUGUUUACAUGACCUUGUCAUAUUCAGAAUAAUAGUGGAAUAUUAGUGUGCAUGUAAACGUACCUCAGUGUGACAGAACACAGCAGACCUCACACACUCCUCACUGUCUGAGCUUGUGUGUAAAAAGUGCAGUCGUUCAGCGGGCUACACAGCUGCAAUAUUUAAUAAAAUUGUAAUAUUCUAGUGUGUUAAUAGUAUGCGGUGUUGAUAGACGCAGUGUCUGAACAUUCACACAUUAUCUUGUGUCUCAGUCCACCUGACUGAUGAGACUCUGUAUGUAAUGCCUUAACAUGCUGUUUUCCUUUUUAUUACCGUUUUUCAGUGGGGAAUAAGGGACUAAUAUGACCUGCAUUUAUUGGCAACUCAUUUUUAUAUUCUGUUAUUGCAUUCAGCAGUGCAGUAUGUUGUACAUAAUGUAUGGAAAGCUCUCUGAGGCACGUUUGGAGUCCUAUAAAUGAAAGUAAAGAUAAAGCCCGCUUGUCA